AGCAAAGGCCCAGCCAGCAGUGAAGAAGGAAGUUCAGAGUUACGUAGGUGUUCCCAUGUCGUGUUUAUAUGGAUAUAUCUCACACAAUUCAGCUGAAUAAAGUGUAACUGCGUCUUCAAAUCGACUGAUAGUCCUCCUGGAGAGGACAGGAUGUCUCUCACCAAGACCAAGGCUGAUGGGGUCACUGUGCUCACCUUAACCUCAGACCCCCAAAGUCUUUGUCCCCCAUUUUGCCAAAUUCUUAAGAGCCGUUGCUACAGCCCCCCAUGUUGCGACUUAUCUAAGCACCUGAAGAGGGUCCAGGGAACUUCUCAGUCACUCCUGGGGGCUCUGCAAAUUAUGAUUGGCUUGCUGAACAUUGGUCUUGGAGCCAUCCUCACUGGCAACGCCCCUUCCUGGCAAAAGUUUAACUACCUCUUUCCUUUUUGGUUAGGAGGCAUGUUCAUUUUCUUUGGUGCCAUGUGCAUCUUGUCUGAGAAGUGCCCAAGACCGUGGCUGGUCAUCCUCACUGUGAUUCUGAAUCUAUCAGCAGUUGGUUUUGCCAUCGCCGCCAUUAUUCUCUACAGCAUCAAUAUGGUUGUCGUUGAUAUGCGGUGGCUUUGUGAAGCAGAUAAUUAUGAGUAUGACUUAGAUCAUACAGCGACUCCUCUGGAGAAGAUCAUGACAGAGAAAUGCUACGAGGCGGAAAUGAUGGUUAUGGACCUUUGGAGAAGCAUUUUCACCUUUCUGAUCAUGCUGUCGGUCCUUGAGUUCUGCAUCGUCAUCAGCUCUGCCGUCUUGGGGAUCAAGGCUCUGAAGUUCACUAACAAAGGAGAAAACAAGAGCCCUGAUGACUCAGAACACUACAGACAACUGCAGGAGGCGGACGUUACCAGGAACCCUACGUCCUCAGGAGUGUGCGAGAUGUCUGUGACUUUGACCAGGGCUGACGGGGUCACCGUGCUCACUUUGACUGCGGACCCCCAAAGUGCUUGUCCCCCAAUAUGCCAAAUCCUCAAAGGCCUCUGCUACAGCCCCGUGUGCUGCACGGGGUCUCAGCACCUGAGGAGGAUCAAUGGAGCUCAGUCACUGCUGGGGGCUGUGCAAAUUAUGACUGGGCUGCUCACCAUCGGCCUCGGAACGAUCGUCUUCAUCAGUCACAGUUCCCCUUGGUGGGGUGUUGAUUCUACCAUGUGUCACUUUUGGUUAGGUGGAUUGUUCAUUUUAUUUGGUGCUAUGUGCAUCCUGUCUGAGAGGUGCCCCAGUCCAUGUCUGGUCCUCCUUAACGUGAUUCUGAAUCUAACAGGAGUUGCAUUUGCCAUCACCGGCAUUGUACUCUACACCAUAAACAUUACCCUCUUGAGGAUGUGGGAGGGAGAUUGUGAUCCUGAUUAUUACAACAAUUACUAUUAUAACAGACGAUACAUCAGGCCAACUCCGUCUCCGUCUCCAGAGCAGAAGUUGAUGAUUGAGAAAUGCUUGGAGGGCCAAGCAGUGUCUCUGAUGGUUUUGAGAAGCAUCAGUGCUGUUCUGAUUGUCCUGUCUCUCCUGGAGUUAUGCACAGUCAUCAGCUCUGCUGUCUUGGGGAUCAAGGCUCUGAGGAGCCGUGAAAAGACGGACAACCAGAGCCCUGAAGACCCAGAACACAAACAACUGCUGGAGGAGCUCCUCAGUAAUCCUACAGUCUAAUGACAAUCUCAGCUUUGUGCCAUAUAACUAAAUGUUAACCAAAUGCAUUUAGACAUUUAAUGUUAUGUAGUGUGACAUUGAAUUACUCUACUUCAGCUAGCACAGUCUCUGCUAAACUUCAUUUCCUUGGAGGGCUGCUUAAAAAAUAUCUGUAAAUAUUAGAUUCAUGUUUGAAUAUUUGAUUUUGCAGUGUUUAUGGGUAUUAGAUCAAAUUGUUAACGGGUACGUUUUGGAUGUGGGUUUGGUUUUCAUUGGAAGGACUUAUUUUUUUUCCGAGUAAAUAUUUCAUUCACAGACCAGGAUGCUUUUUAUUCUCAUGCUGUGACGUCUGUCUGUGAAUGUCCUCGUGUAUUGCACAAUCACACCAGGACUUUUUAAACUUCAUCUUGCUGAAAACGUUUCCUGCAAUGCUGCUGUUUCUGAUCUCUCUUAUUUGAACACUGAAAUAAUCAUACCCUUUCACAUUCCUGCUGUUUGAAUCCUUACAUUUGUGUGUGUUAAGAAAAUAACCAAUUUCAUAAUAAAACAGUUGUUUUCUCUUCCUGUGAACAUUUCAACUGUCUGAUGACUACUGACCUAUAGUACUAACAUUCAAACAACUAUAAAGCUUUUUUUGUAGCUAACGAUCCAAUCAAAUUCAUCCAGAUGUUAUGUCCCGCCUUCUAUCUUGUGAUUGGUUCAUCCCGUUAGAUACUCUUGCAAUUCAAUUUCAUGGGGACUUUAACAAAAUAUCUAACAAGAUAAAGUCAUCAUUUUUAUGUUUUCAGCUGUAGAUUAAAUGCAUAUAACGCAUGAAUGAUCAUUCAUUUUGAAAAGCUUCUCAAUAAAAAGAAAAAAUUUAAAAUUAAACACCUCUACUGACCCUUGA